AUGAGCAGCGGCAGCAGAGCACAACCGAUAACGAGCGGGAGCGUGACGACCACCAUCACCCUUGAGAAUCCCGAGGCAUCGGCAUCGGCAUCGGCAUCGGCAUCGGCAUCAGCAUCAGCAUCAUCGCAAUCGGAAGCUUUGGUUUUGCGGCUGAAUCGGAAGAAGAAGAAGCAAGUGACAUGGAAGGAGGGGACGGUGGACAACGAGUUCAUGCAGAAGAAGAGCUCCAAAAAGUGUUGCAUCUUCCACAAGCAGAAACCCUUCGACGAAGACGACAGCGAUGAUGAGGAUCACCACCAUCAGCAUCACCCCUCACCUUCGGGCCAUCAAAACAACGUCUGUUGUGAUGAAUCGUAG